CACCUCUCAGCAGGAGCUGCAAGAUGAAGGAGGGCAUGUCUAACAGCAGCACCGCCAGCAUCUCCCAGGCCAGGAAAGCCGUGGAGCAGCUGAAGAUGGAAGCCUGCAUGGACAGGGUGAAGGUCUCCCAGGCAGCUGCGGACCUCCUGGCUUACUGUGAAGCCCAUGUGCGGGAGGACCCGCUCAUCAUCCCAGUGCCUGCCUCGGAAAACCCCUUCCGGGAGAAGAAGUUCUUUUGUACCAUCCUCUAAGGCCCCUGGUGAUGAAAUGUCUCCUUUCCUGAUGUAA